GGCGGUGACGCGGCCGGGGCGGGCGAAAGAUGCUCCGCAGCUCUUCGCUCGGGCUCGCGCUGCCCUGGCUAGGGGUGGAGGAAGUACCGCGGGCGGAGGGCAAGCCGGAAGGCUCCCGCAGCAACAGCCCGCAGAUGAAACUGGAGGCAAGCGACAAAGCCUCAGAGAGCGCGGGCUGCGCUAGUCCCCGGAGAGCAGCACCAGAGCUCAGGGUCCACGCACAGGUCGCGGUUCGGGGGCUAGGCGAGGCUCGGGCCGCUGCCGCCCUGGUAGCCCCAGGACCCAGCUGCUGCCGGCUGCGUCCCCUGCCCGCCCGCCGCCCACCCGGCCUGACUCCGGCCCGCGCCGCGCAUGCGUUCCGUCCCCCCCUUAAAGGGCCAGUGCGUUCCCGCCGGGUCCUCAGCCUGCCGAGGCCAAGCCUCCGCUCCCGGUUAUCUCUAGGAUGUGGGUGGCGUUCGCUCUUCUCUAUCCCCCCUUUUCAGGGCACCGUGAAGGCGGUGCGAAGCUAUGGAGUAAGUUUUGUAGCCCAGCGGAGCAUGCAUAACUGGAGCGCCAAGUCCACGGAGAUUCCGCGCUGGGAAGGCCUGCGGACACUCACCUUUGGAAGCCAGCCAACAUGUUGUGAGAAAGCCCAGGCCACAUGGGGGAGGCCACCUGAAAUGUUCUGGCUGACCUGUCCAGCUAAUCUCUAAGCCAGCAGCUAGCAUCAAUCACCAGCUAGGUGAUGAGCUGAGAUGAUUCUCACCCCGCCUUUGAGCCUUCCAGCUGAGGUCCUGGUUGUGGAACAGAGACAAUCCAACCUCUCUUGCCCUGUCUGAAAUUUUGUCCCACAGGAAUAGAGAGAGAAGAAGUGAUCGUUGUUGUUGGAAGCCAGUAAG